UGAACGGAGAAGGAGAGAUGAGAACGAUGAAGCUCUUCAUUUAUUUCGCUACUCUACUUUCUUCUCUAGCCCUAAUUCAGGCUAAGAAAGAUCUGCAAGAAGUGACACAUAAAGUUUCCUUCGACGUUGAGAUCGGUGGCAAACCUGCUGGUCGUGUUGUCAUGGGCCUCUUUCGUAAAACUGUGCCUAAAACAGUAGAGAAUUUUCGAGCACUUUGCACAGGCGAAAAAGGUACAGGGAAGAGUGGGAAACCACUCCACUUUAAGGGGAGCUCGUUUCAUAGGAUCAUUCCCAGCUUUAUGAUCCAGGGAGGUGAUUUUACUCAUGGCAAUGGAAUGGGGGGAGAGUUGAUCUAUGGCACUAAAUUUGCUGACGAGAAUUUUAAACUGAAACACACUGGACCUGCGCAUCUAUCAAUGGCUAAUGCUGGUCCAGAUACAAACGGGUCGCAGUUCUUCAUUACAACUGUAACAACCAGCUGGUUGGAUGGCAAGCAUGUCGUGUUUGGGAAAGUUCUAUCCGGAAUGGAUGUAGUGUACAAGAUUGAAGCGGAAGGUCAGCGGAGUGGCGUGCCCAAACGGAAAGUCGUGAUUGCAGACAUUGGUGAGCUGCCACUGUCAUGCCAAUCAUGUUGAAAAUAAUAGAUGACUUUUCUUCAGC